UGCACGACAAUAUAGACAUAUACUUUACACGUGUAUUAAAAUUUCGCUUCUCUUUGUAAAUUAAACCCAUUAUUUAAAAAUGAGAGAAAAGUUAAUUAUUUCUCGCUUGAAAUAUUGAUGGUACUUGUGCUGUGGACAUAUUCUGUAAAAGCAAAAGGAACACCGCAUGUGACUUGUGGUUCUACAUUAAAAUUAAUGAAUGUGGACUAUAAAGUUAGAUUACAUUCUCAUGAUAUAAAAUAUGGAAGUGGCAGUGGUCAGCAAUCGGUAACAGGAAUAACAGCAAAAGAAGAUGGAAAUUCUUAUUGGCUUGUCAAAGCUGCAACAAAAAAACAAUGCACUAGAGGCGAGCCCAUUAAAUGUGGAGAUAUCGUAAGACUAGAACACAUAGUAACCAAGAAAAAAUCUUCAUUCUCACCGGGUUGUUCGCCUCUUAGUGGCAAACAAGUAUCUGCUUAUGGAGAUAAUAAAGGAGAAGGCGACAAUGGAGACAUGCUUUUAAUAUGUCAGACUGAAUUUUGGAAAAGAGAUGAACCUAUUAUGUUAAAGCAUUAGACCACAGAUACGUACUUAGCAGUAAGUGGAAGAGUUUAUGGUAAUCCAAUUAGUGGUCAAACGAAGGUGGUAGGUGAAUAUUCUCCAAGUAGUCCUCAUGUUGAUAUGGAUAACCAGGAAGGAGUAUUUUAUCACCCUAAUGAUUUUAAAGCACAUCAUGCACAUACAGAAUUAUAA